CUCUUCCACCUCGCCCGGCCGAUCGUAAGGACCGGCUGAUUGAGAAGCGGCGGUGGCUGCGGUUAUUGCAGCCUUUAUUCGCCCGGCACACCAUGGAGCAGCCGCGAAUCUGCAGUGUCAAUUCCGAGCCGGGAUGGUAUUUGUCGGCUCAGGACCUGGAAGAGGGAGCCCCGCUCCUCUCGCCCCCGGACACGGCAUCGCUGAAUCAUGUAUCAACUGGCACCUCCUUUGGCUUUUCUGUAUUUAAUUUAAUGAAUGCUAUUAUGGGAAGUGGGAUUCUUGGUUUGGCAUAUGUCAUGUCCAAGACAGGAAUCAUUGGAUUCAGUGUGCUGAUGUUAAUUGUUGCUACCCUUGCAUCUUAUUCUAUAUUUUUGUUGCUUACUAUGUGCAUUUACACUGCUGUCACGUCUUACGAAGAUCUUGGGCUCUUUGCAUUUGGUUCCCCUGGGAAGGUUAUUGUGGCCAGUACAAUCAUUAUACAGAAUAUUGGAGCUAUGUCUUCUUAUCUUUAUGUCCUUAAAUCCGAACUUCCUGGUGCUAUUGCAGGAUUUCUCAAUGGAGACCAUAGUGGUUCUUGGUAUCUUGAUGGAAGAUUACUGUUGCUGAUUACCUCAGUUUGUAUCGUCUUCCCUCUAGCACUUCUUCCUAAAAUUGGCUUUCUUGGCUACACAAGUAGUUUAUCAUUUUUCUUUAUGGUGUACUUUGCUCUUGUGAUAAUAAUUAAAAAGUGGUCAAUUCCUUGUCCUCUGCCACUAACCUUUGCUACAGGAUUCUCCCAGGUUUCAAACUCUACUGGGGACUGUAAUGCACAACUGUUUAAUUUCUCCAAAGAGACUGCUUAUGCCAUUCCAACUAUGGCUUUCUCAUUUCUCUGCCAUACAUCAGUACUGCCAAUUUAUUGUGAGCUCCAAAGUCCAUCCAAAAGCAGGAUGCAAAAGGUUGCCAACACAGGAAUUGCUCUCAGCUUUCUAGUUUAUUUCCUGUCAGCACUAUUUGGAUACCUCACUUUUUACAACCACGUGGAUUCAGAAUUGCUCCAAGGAUACAGCAAGUACUUGCCCCGUGAUACAGUCAUCCUGACAGUAAAACUGGGAAUCUUAUUUGCUGUGCUGCUGACGGUGCCUCUAAUUCACUUUCCUGCAAGAAAAGCUGUAAUGAUGAUAUUUUUUUCACAUCUUCCUUUCUCCCUAAUCCACCACAUUUUUAUCACUUUAGUAUUAAAUGCAAUUGUUGUUUUGCUCGCAAUGUAUGUUCCUGACAUCAGACAACUUUUUGGAGUAGUUGGGUCUACCACUUCAACAUGCUUGCUCUUUGUAUACCCUGGACUGUUUUAUCUUAAGAUUAGUACAGAAGACUUUAUAUCAUGGCAAAAACUUGGGGCAUGUGCCCUGCUAGUUUUCGGCCUCCUUGUUGGUCUUCUCAGUUUAUCAGUAAUCAUAUACAGUUGGGGCCACCAUUGAAAGUAUUCCUGUCUGCUAAAAACUAGAAUUGUACCUAGGAAGGGGUGCUAAAAUGAAUAAUUUCCACAGUGUUUUAAAUAAAAUGUGCUGAAGAGAGUUGAGUGAUAGCAUUCUACAGAACUCUGUGUUACCUUGCAUAUUAACAACUACUUGAAAUAGUUGGAGGGAUUAAUUCAGAGCUCUAGAAUGAAAUGCUCUUAAUUUUUGAUGACAUCCUGCUCUACUGCAUCUUACCAUCCAGUCCUAAAAAAUCCUUAUUGAUGUCUGAUCUUGAUCAUCGCCUGAAUGAGGAAUACAAAGCUGAAAUUCAAUCCAUUAACUCAGUGGUUCCCAAACUUGGCAACUUUAAGACUUGUGGACUUCAACUCCCAGAAUUCUCCAGCCAGCUCUGCA